GCGCUGAAAUUCAAAUGUUGGGAGUUUGACGGAAACAAGUUUGUAAUAAACAGAAGAGCGUUACUCCUGUCACUCUGUUCAGUAAGAAAAUGGACAAUCAGACAGACAAAAACCCAAAGAGACAGAGAGAUGCCUUAGAGGAGAAUGUCUUAACCUCUAAUGAGCUUGAGAAUGUGCUGAAGAAAAGACGCUUUGCCGCAGAAGAUGCUGAGAAUCAGAACCCUCUGUCUGUGCCAUUGUCCCCUGCUCGGUUGCGACAGAUAGAAUUAGCAGUGAAACCAGACACACCUGCCAUAGCUUCUAUUCGCCUUCGAGUGCAGCAGCUGACCCAAAGACGAGAUGGUGCAGCUUCUCUGGUCCAGCGCUGUAUGUCAGAUCCUGGGGCAGAGAGUCCCUCCAGUAGUUUGCUGCAUGAAGUUUGUCACAUUGGAGGAGGAGAAUUUAGCUCCCGGUUGGAACGGUUCAAGACUCUGACAACAACCCCAGAAAGCAGCACCAUUAAUUCCACACCAAGUCUUCCACGCCACCUUUCUAGUCUUGUGCACAACGUGCAGCAGCAGCUGAACGCUGCAGUUACCCCCAGCACUAAGGAGGCUUCUCGUAUUCGUCAGGCUCGAAAAGAUGAGCUGAAGUCACUCAGAGUUCAGCCUCUCACAGAAAACAUGUGGCUCAGAAGAAGCUUGUCUGACCCCUCACUGGCUGAGGAUGAGAAUGACUCAAGCAUCAACAUAAAAGACGCUGACAUCAGUGGUGUGGCCGAAAUAGUGGGAGAUAGCUUCAAUGAAACAUCUGCCUUUACUGGAGAGAUACAUCAACUUGUUUCAGAACCUGUGGUGCAGCCUAACGAACAACUGAGCACCUCUGCACUUAUUGACAAGAUGUUUGAAGAUGUUCUGCAAACCGCCAACAAAGAAGAGGAAAUAGAGAUGGAAAAUGCAGAGGAGAAAUGUAAUGAGAGCAGCCUUUCUAAAACCAAAAAGGAAGAGGAAGCCAGCACUGAGAUAGCUAAAAGUAAAUCCAAGUUUUCAGUUAGUGAAGGUAGUGAACAAGAAGCUGAGAAAUCAAAGGAGAAGUGUGACCGGUCCAGUGAAGAAGUAGCUGAGGAGAAGGAACAGCACUCUAACUGCGGUGAAAGAGAGUUGAAGGUUAAAGAAGAGAGCACACCAGUGUGUACUGAGGAAUACUUCUUAACUCUCCCACCUAGCUGUAUCCUCUCUCCUCUCAGCAAAUCCAUGGAAGCUGUAGUUACUCCAUUGAGGCUGACGGCUGAUGUGCACACAACUGUGGUGCAAUGUGACUCCCAAGAAGAGGUUGUCAUUCCUUCUAUGGAUUCUGCUCCACCUCUGUAUAGCAUUGAUGCCUACCGCUCUCAGAGAAAGAACAUUCAAGCCUCUCAGUGUGCCACCCCUGAGGUACAAAAACAAAUACCUGUGAAGUCCCACAUCAAGCCAUCCAUUAACACCAAAGAAACUAUAAAGGCUCUUAAUGAGGAGGCUGCCAAACUGCAAACUGUUAUCCAUCAGACCUUACAGGCCCUAAGCUGUUGCAGUGAUGAGGAACAUGGCAAAGGAUCCCUGCAAGAGGCAGAAGCUGAGAAACUGUUGCUUGUUUCAAGCGAGAAGCAUGCUUCCCUGCUGGCUGAGAUCAGCAGGCUUAGACAAGGAGCUGGUCCAAAUCUGAACCUCAGCUCUUUCACCCUGCAGCCCUGUAGGGGCACCGUCAGUAUCAGCAGCAUUCAGCUGCCUCUCAAGGUGGAGUUUGUGUGCUCUGCUCGCGCAGGUCGUCCUACACAUUAUUUUUUCAUCCUGAUCCGUUAUGGUCCAUGUAAUAUUGUGGCCACCCCGUUGGCUACAGCUGUUGAUGCUGAGAAUGGAGAUACCAUCAUUUUCCCUACAUCAAUCACACUGCAGGACAUUCGUUCCAACUUUGAGAUUGAUUUAGAAGUGUACAGCCUGUCCAAUAGUGCAGGUAAUAGCUCCACUGCUAAUGUGCAGCAGCUCCGCAGCUCUAUUAAAUCAAGAGUAACACCAAGAAAGCUACUCAGCAGCAUUACGAAAUCCAACCCAUGUUCAGCUUCUGGCACUCCUUCUUCUCUGGACUCUCGACGCUCCAGUAACUUCUCUUUAGUUGGUUCUCACAAGAUUACCCUGGCCUCCCUGGGACAGAGGAAGUUCCCAUUGGACAAGAUGAAGUUUGAGGGCAAAAUCAGGAGACUUCUUGGAGAUGAGUUUCAGGAAAAGGUGCCGUUCUUGUCUCCCCUAGAGGGUCACGUGUACCUUCAGCUACGUAGUGAGAGCCACUCAAACAUACAACACCAAGGCUUUCUGUCCAUGUUUGAGGAUGUGAGUGGAUUCGGAGCAUGGCAGCGGCUCUUUUUUAAGCUAGAGGGAGGCCUGCUUUUUUACUGGAACUAUCCUAAUGAGAUUGGGAUCAAGCCAGCAGAGGGCAGCAUCUCGCUGUGUAGCUUUGACUGCCUCAGGCCUGUAGAAAGAGACUCUUGUGCACGUCCACACACAUUUGAACUGGUGCACACAAAUACAAUGCAACAAGACAACAGCCCCACUUUGACCAAGAGCUGGUUCUCAGCAGACACUCGAGAGGAGCGGUCAGACUGGAUGGAAAAGCUGGGCCAAGUGCUUCUGGACCUCCAUACUUGGAAUCGGCAACAUGCAGCUUGUGAGGGCGAUCCAGCCAACUCAUCCACAAACACUGCAACGUCCCGUGAAAGCAUCCUGUAACGUUGCUCUGAAGAGCCCUUAUACCAAAGAUGAAAUCUGAAGGUGUUUCAUACAGUUACAGUUUUACUUAAUGUGAAGAGUGAAAGACUCUGGGGCUAGCAAACAGAGGAGAGUACUAAGCGCAAAGACCAAAAGCGGCCAUGAAGUUCGGAUGUGAAUGUAAAAAAAAAAAAAAAAAAAUCUUAGAUGAGAAUUUAUCAUUUAUUAGCAUGCAUGUUAAUUAAAACAUCCAGUAUAAUUGUAUACAUUAGCAAGUGUCACAAGUUGGGAGCAAAUUAAUUCUGGUCUGCUUUAUGUAUCCAGUGGCUUUUUGAUUCUGUCUCGGUGGAGGUGGAUUUUCCUCAGGUGAAUGAAUUUUAAAGUACUAGUUCUAAACUUAGCAGUUCAGUUUGUGAACAUUUACAGCCAGAAGGGAUUAGUUUUAUGCCAAAAUUAACUGUAAUCAUAAAUUACUAAUUAAAACUAAUUGUCCCUUUCAACACUAAAAAACACUGCAUACACCUAGAGGGUGUUUGUUGUUGUUUUUGUUUUCUCAAGCACUACUUGUAGGAUGGCCAUAAUGACAUGCAGACCAUCAGAGGGUACCAGUUUUAUUUGCACAUGUAAAGUGUGUAUUCGACAGUUAAAGUCAAAAGUUUACAUGCACUUGUAAUAGAACAGUAUGUCUUGGCACUUCUAGGAUUUCAACGAUAUCUGUGGCUGUACUUUUUUUCCUGUAAAUUAACUUUGUUGUCAGUGAUCGAUUGGCUUUAUCUGACCUCUCUGUGUCUACAUCUUUGGGACUUUAACCAUUUGUAGUUAGUACCCAGAACAGUUAUCACUUGCCACGGUAUGUAGAUAAACAGCCAAACUUUCAGCUUUUGCUAAGAGGAAAUUUGUAAUCUUAUAGUCACCUUGAAAUUGCAAUAAAUUAAAAGCUGCAGGAACAUGGCUUGCUCAGUCCAGUGUCAAGCAGGCUUUACAUCAACAUGGGGUGGAGGCUGCCUUGCUUCAAAAUCAGCCCAAAACUUAAGUAAAGUUUGUUGAUGUUCACAUAAACAAAGAAGAAACAGGAGCUGGGGUUUGCGGUUAGCUUGCUUGACUGCGGACAGUGUCAACAAUGUUCUGACAUUGUUCUAAUUUAUGGCAGGCCUGUUUCUUUAGUGGUUAAUUAAUUACAUCGAACUAUUUGUGUGUGUGUGUGUGUGUGUGUGUUUUCUAAUCAUUUAUUUCCAAAAGUACAGUUGCCAGACUGCCAUCACAUACAUGCCUUUUACAACUGUAUGUACUUUGUUGUUGUUUUUUUUUUUUUUUUUUACUUUGACUGUAUACUACAGGCAGAAUUUCCAAUUUUAGUUUUGCCCUUUGUGAUGAAUGUGAUUUGCAAUCAGAUGCAAUUUAUCAUCAUUUAUAUUGUUUACAAAGGGCUUAAUAUUUUUUUUCUAUAUACCCGUUAUUCUGUAAAUUAUAGCAUAUAUUUGGGAGACACUACUAGAGUAAUACUGUAGCAUACAUGGACAUGGGGAUAUGUCAUAUUUGCUUAAUACUGAUCGUAUUUUCUGUGUAUUUUCCCUUGUGCUCAUUUGAGGAAAACAACCACCUCUAGUUCUAAUCAGUCCACCACAAAACAUUACCAAUACAAAGUGGCCAAAAUUGCCAUUUAACAAAUUGUCUUUUUUAUGCAUUAGUAACAACCGUAGUGUUUCUGGACUGUGUAAUGGGGGCUUGAUCCCCUGAAAGGAUGAUGAGCAAUGUAAGUGUAUACUUGUUUACUCUGUGUUCUGUUUUCUCUGUCAGUGUUUUUUCAUGUUUCCUAUGUAUGUUAUUUCCCUAUCAAACAACUGUAUGCAAUACUCUACAAUUAAUACAACAGAAUAAAUAUGGGUAUGAAGACCAAAA